ACAGUCCCACGCGGAUCUUCGCGCGUGCCUGCUGCUGCGAGUGUCAUCGCGAAUCGCGGUGUUUAUCCGAUUUUACGAUGUCUUUCUUCCGCCGCCAACUACGACGUCGACAACGACAACAAAAUACCGAUGUCGCAGCCACGUUCCUGAUUUCACGCGUACGAUCGUCGUACGACGCGCGGUCACGCAACGCCGUAAUCCUCGGAGAUGAUGCCACCGCUGUCGCAGCGCGUGUGUCAACGAAUCUCGCCGUCAAGAGGAAAAGGAAAAAAGACGAGACGGGAGAGCACGACGAACGAAGAGAGAGAAAACAACAUACUCGCGGCCAUUUUAACUGCGCCGUACGCUAACCCGGGCCACCCAGUGUGUAGUAUACGAGAGCCAGAGAACCGCCGCCACCGCCGCCGCUCUCUCCUUAGGCUUAAACUGCGUCUCUCGCGUGUGCGCUUUGCUUCUGCGCACGCGAGUCAGUACAUGUUUUCUCACACAUACACGGACGACAGCUUCGCGACGCUCGUGCGUUACGCGCACUUUCUCGUACACGACCGAGUUGCUUGUCGCGUUCGGGACGUCUUUCGUCACGAUCCAGAGCCGAGUCGCAGAAAAUUGACAGUGACGGGGGACACGCACAGCGGAGGAUCGUCGAUACAGUGACACACCAGCGAGAGGCGACACGCGAACGGAACGUGUCCGCUCGACCGGUAUGUUUGCUCGUUUCACGACCACGAGAGAAGCGCGCCAAUCGACGAUUCGGUGAGAAUCGACAGUAUUUUGUAUGGUCGUAUUGUAUCUCGCAUCGACGUAUUGUGCGCGAUGAACAUGGAACGAACGCGAUAUCGCGGAAUCCCCCGUGGGAAUAAACGCGAGGACGAUAACAAAGGAAUGAUCAAUCGCAGUAUACGAGGAAAUUUGUUCAGCCGGUAACAAAGAAUUUGACAGCGACCGGGGUUACCCUAUGAUAACCCGUGCGGAAGAAUCGGGACGCGAUGGAAUAAUUGGAAGUGCGCGAAGCCAUCGAGGAAAGGAAUACGUGUCGAGGUGAAGGAUCGUCGUAAACAGACCGAUCGAGAGAUGACGAGAGACCGAGCGAAAGUACAGGCAGCAUUCGUUACGGCGUGGCGGCCUCGUGAAUUCCUGCCGCGGGACGACAACAAUACAAAGGAGAAAAAGAACCAAAAACUAAUGGCCCUUGUAGCGUCACGCUACACUACGGAGCGCCAUAGUACUAUGGAGACUUCCGGCCCGCCGCAGGAAGUGAGACACACGUGUUCAGGCGUGUGCGUUCCCAUAAUACGGGCCCCGGCUCCUCCUCUACAGUGUGCUCCAAGUUCGAUGGCCCAUACGGGAAGCAGGCACGCCACGGAUACAUUACCGUACGAUCGAGUAAAGGUGAAGCGAGGGAAAAAAAAAGUGCGCAAACGUCACGUCCAUCGAGCGAGUUCGCAGCAUGCUAUCCCUCGAUACGAAGAGCAUCACGACCAAAUACAGAGAAUCGGCAGGAUGCUGGUGGAAGUAUUUCGCACUGCCGCUAACAAUGGAACGAAACUUAACGUGAGCGAAGUGAUGCACGUGGUGAGACAGAUCGCCGACGAUACCGAUGCGCAAAUCGGACUGGACCUGAUGGAGCACAUACCGCACGUGGUGAUGAUCUGCCACGAGACACCCCACCUAUUCGACAAUAUUUUUCACAAUCAUCUCCUCGACAUCAUUAUCAGAUACUUACAAGAUCAAGACAACCAGGUACGAAUGAUGGCCCAGACAGCGGUGUUGACGCUAACGAAGAAGGGUCUCAUCGAUAACACCACGAUAGAGGGCAAGCUGUGUCCCGUUAUAGAAACCCUCUGUACGUCCAUCGAUUUGCUUAACUCUGGCAUCUCCCUCAUGUGCAAGAUGGCACCGCUCAUUGGCAAAGAGCUGACAGAAAAGAUCUUUCUGGACAGAUACAUCGCCCUCUGCGAAGACAAGGAAUUCUAUACGAGGAAAUUCUGCGCGUCGCACCUUGGAGAACUUUGCGCCGCUGUCGGCAGGAAAACUCUCUUUCGGAAAUUGUUUCCAAUAUUCGUCGACCUGUGCAGCGAUAAAGUGUGGGGUGUCCGGAAAGCGUGUGUAGACGUUAUGAUGCCAGUCUCAUGCUGCAUGACCCUUCAGCAUCGUCGAUUACUAUUGGCAGAGCUUCUGGCCACGCAUCUUAACGACGAGUCGAAAUGGGUGCGAAUGUCUGCCUUUCAAAUUUUAGGACCAUUCAUAUCCACGUUCGCGAAACAGUUUACCGAAGUAACUUAUAAUCAACACGGCGAGCUAGUGUUUACCAGCCAACAAGAUAAUCGUUUCAGUAUAAGGUACUCGUACGAGGGAAUAUUUCCUACUAAGUGCGCGAUACGAAGUCACACGCUCGACAUGGAGGACCAUAAUUCUAAGGAUAACUUCAAUUCGUCUGUGAUAAUACAAAAACCAAUUUUAGAGGACGACGAGGACGAGUCGCAGGAGGAUAUCUCCACAAUGAGAGCUUAUAAGUCGAAGAUACAAAGGAAACAGUUAAAGAACGACCAAACGCUGGACCACACGGAAAACUUUAAUUCGUUUCUAUACUACUACGUAGAGCCAGACCUUCCACUGGACGACGAGCUCGUCGAAGCUGCCAGAAGAUCCGCGGCGCAGAACAAUGUAGACCGGAAGCCGUUGAUCAGCACUACAGCGUCCAGUAAAGCGUCGUCGUUAGACGCUGCGCUAAAAGAAGACAAAUACGCAGCAGACGAUAUUAAGAAUUUCAACGAUCAAGAGAUCGUUCCUCAGCAUCUGAUCGAUUCGUUCUUGUCGAUGGCUGAGCCGGAACAAUGUUCCGGAGACAUGAGCCCCGGAGAUAUUCCUCAUCAUUGCGCAUUUAGUUUUCCCGCUGUUGUACUCACGUUAGGAAGGGAAAAUUGGCCAUACCUGAAGCAAGCUUAUCAGUCUUUGGCAAGCGCUAAUCAAUGGAAAGUGAGGCGCACGUUAGCCUCCAGUAUUCACGAAAUCGCCAUAAUUCUAGGAGAAGAACUCACUAUCGCUGAUCUCGUACCGAUCUAUGAUGGAUUUAUCAAAGAUCUGGAUGAGGUCAGAAUAGGUAUACUCAAGCAUUUAGCGACGUUUUUGAAGAUACUCAAGCCUGCCGUUCGGCUCCAGUAUUUACCAAAACUGAGGGAAUUCCUCACCACCGAUAACGAGUGGAACUGGAGAUUUCGAGAGGAACUAGCCACUCAGUUGUUGGACAUUGUGAAUCUGUUUGAUCCUGUAGACGUUACCCGGUUUAUCGUGGAACUAGCUAUCGAUCUACUACGCGACAAAUACGCUGCUGUGAGACACGUUGCUCUCUCUUUGGUGACACAAAUAGUAGCACAUCUUUCUAACGACAGACGCCUUGAAAAAGGGCUAUUUCGAAAGCUCAAGUGUCUCGUUUUCACAAGGAAUUGGGUUAGAAGACAGAUGUUCGCCUUCGUGUGCGCCAACCUGAUUUCGAAAAACGCCAUUAGCGGGUAUAAAUUUUCGCAAGAAAUGUUACCUACUUUGUUGCAAAUAUCUUCCGACAAAGUACCAAACGUGAGACUAGUUGUGGCGAGGACUUUGUCAAAGAACGUUAUUCCUAUGGGAUCAGAAUGGUUGGGAGUGAAGCAGGCGGAAGAAGUAGAGAAUAGGCUGAGAGAAAUGAGAUUAGAUCCGGAUAGGGACGUUCGAGUUAUAGCCGGCGGCGAGGAAAACGUCCCAUCAGAUAUGCUGUUGCCGCCGAAAACUAAACAGCCGUGGGACAUAUUUUAACGAACUCAGAUUUCGUGAGAAUCAAGUUGUAAUUAUUUCCUGCCAUACGAAUCAAUUUUAUACCGGACUGCCAAGAAAGGAAAUGGGAUAAAAGAAAUUUCGUACGAAUGUUCUUCCAUACGUGAAUUAUCUUUGUAAAUGUAAGAAGAAAAUCAAUUGGAUGGAAGAGAUAAGAAUUUCGUUAUACCGAUAGAGAAUACGAGAUGCAAGGGUUUCUUUAAAGAAUAAGUUGGUGUAUCUAUGAUGUAAAAAUGAGCUCAAGUUUUAAACAAAGAAACAAGACUUGUACCGUUUAGUGCAGUCAACAUAGAAAAAAAGUGCAACUUAGCGUUGUCGUUACGACCAAGGGACCGACAAUUUCCGCGCCCCUUUAGACUAAGACAGAUUAUAAGUAUCAAUGGUCAAAAGACAUUACGCAGUUAUAUAAGAGUGUGUGUGCAUGUUUAAAAGGAAGUGAACGUACACUGCCGCUGAAUGCUAGGACACUUGUUUAAUUGUAAGAAAUAUCUGUAAAAAGUUAUGAAAUCAUUACUGAAUUUUACUAAAUUUUAUGUAUUCCAUUUUGUACCGUGUUAGAGAAUAUAUUUUAACAAAAAUUUAUUAAAUUUUUCAUCAAUCAUAAUAAAAAUAUGAUUGUUAUCUAUCCAUCUAUCCAUCGAGUGCUUUUGUAACUGCAUCUACAAGCUUAGUAGCUUGACUACUAAUAUUUUUUAUUGUUUCAGGCCUAAUAUUAUUCCAUUCCAUUUUGAAAUGUUCCUAUAAAUAUUCUUCCAAUUUGGGAUAUUUUAUUCGGAUUUUAUCUGAAUGAUCUCAUAAUUUUUCUAUGGGGUUCAAAUCAGGAGAUUGGUGACCAUUCUAUUAUUUACACAUUAGAACUUUCCUGUAAGUGAUUUUCACAUAUUUUAAAAAAAUGUAUACGAUCCUUAACAUGCACAAAUAUUCGGUAUCCGAAAGGCACUAAUGUGCAGGAUCUUUUUUAAAAUAUAAUUUGUUUUUAACGAUUCUCCUGUUGUUUCCUAUACGUACAAUCUCUCCAUUUGAAUUCAACCAUUUCAAUUGUAGACUCAUCAGAAUCAAUCUUGCGGUGUCGACUUUUCUGGUACUUAGUUUAUGCCAAUAGCGACUGGCAUCUCUUCUUUAUUAUUAAUGUUAGAAACACCAUCUCUGAAAUUAUAACGGUUUAUCGCUAUGGAAUUGUUUCCCUAUCUGAAAAUCGAUACAAGUAGUUUAAGGUGCAUAUUUCAUCGCAGCGGCCACGACAGACAGAAUGCUGUUAAUUUCACCUGUAGUUCAUUCUUAUCGAGGUCCAUAUUCCUGAAGAAAUUAUUGUCACUAUCAUAAAGGAGCGGGUUACGUUUUAUCCUUAAUAAUAAUUUUUUCACUGCCAAAAUCGCAAAUACCGACCUCUACAAAUCGCUUUUCUUACUAUUGCCAUUGAAAUUGUUUCAUUCUUAAUUGUAUUUAUUUCCUCAAUCGUUUCGGAGGCUGUUACUUUUAUUUCUCUUAAGCUUUCAAUAAAGCUUUGUAUAUAUGUUUUCUGGACCUCCCAGGUCUUUUUACAGACGGAUAGUGUCCUAUGCUGUUACCCGAAAUUUUAUCACGUUGGAUAAUGAUUCUAAAUAUUUGUAUAAUAUCUGAAGAAUCUUUUUCACUAUAAAUGAAAGAAGAAAGUUUUAGAAACCGUCCACACGUAACAUAAUACAGCAUAGGCACACCGCAUAUACUUUUAAUUAUUUCAGUUCCUUAAAUAAUAUAGUUAAGUUCCUUAAAUAAUUAAAUUUUUCAAUUUUUAAUACUCUUAUAUAAAUAAUACUCUACCACAGGUUCAUUAAAAAUGAACAAAUGUCCUAAUACAUUCGCGUGGCAGUGUAUGCGUGAUUUAGUACUCGCGUGUAUGUAUGUGAUUACCAUUGUGAUCAAUUUGUAUUUGUAAGCGGUCUCUUGGACAAACCGAAUAUUAAUUAUUAGAGAUAUCGAAUAAAGGCGGGACCUCUUGUUCUUUAGUAAAUAGUCAUAGCACGUUUUCUUCAGCCUCGCAAUCAUUGUUAUCGCCUUUUCUCCAAUAUUAAUUUUCGCUUAUCGAACUAAAAAUUAUUCCGAAAUAAUUCCUGCGAUCGGAGGAAUUUACUUUGUAAUUUUAUACCGGUUGGAUGACUCAAGUUUUCGUGCUAUGAUUCAUAAACUCUAUUCAUUAGUAAAUACUCUUACGUUGAAGAAAUGGAAUGUGAGAACUUCUAGACUGUCAAGAGCAAGAAGGAAAAAAAAGAGAAGAACUUUAUAUUAGAUCCUCUGAUUAUCGCGAAGUGGUAAAUCGUAUUGGAGUUCAUUCGAUUCAAAUUGCUUGUAUUUUGUAUAUAUCAUUGAAUCGUUUCGUGGAGAUACGGUGUGUAACGAAAAAAGGAACGAGGUAUGCAAUGGAUCGUUUACGAAGCUAUUUGUGGUGAGGUUAUGUGGAAUAUUCUGCACUCUAUAUUCGCAAUCAAAGAUAGCUCUACGAUGCUACAACAAAAUUAUUCUGAACAACAAUCUGCAAAUUUUAGUCUAUAAGACCGCGAUGUGCGCCUCUAGACACGGUGGUGCCUGAUUAGACGUGAAAAACUGUGCUUACGACCGUCCCGUGUUGCGUCAAUUUCACGACUCAUAACUUACCGAUUUGGUGCAACCGGGAUGACAGUUACUGUGAUCUUUGCCUACGCGUGAUCACGUAGGUGAAUGUAUAUCAUCUCAUUGUAGAUACGUAAAUAUUGUAAACACAGAUUUUUGUUAACCCGUUCCACCUCUCCGACAUACAUUAAGGAUUUUUGUUAACCCGUUCCUUCUCCCCAACUUAAAUUAAGGGAUUACGAUUUACACGAAAAAUGUUUCCAGAGCCUUACAUUUAGAAACUUUUUAGCGAUUUGUAUAUUAAAUACCACGAAAAGGAAAUCAUGUUUAUACGAUUUACACGAUAAUACUAGGUUAUAAGCAACAAAAUAUGAACGAGGAGAAAUGAGUGGUUGUUGAAUAAAGGAUAUGUACAAUAGGAGGUUUAACGAGUGUAAAAAAGAAAAUACGUGUGGACCGUAGACAAAAGAAUACAAUGUGAUCCGAUGAAUUAUGUGAUUGUACAUUUGCGAAACAACUGUUAUGGAAUGGUACCACUAGAUAUUUGUGAGUAACCCCAAUAUUUUAUCCACCGUCGCUAAUAUUUUGUGAUGUUUUAAAUUAAAGAAAAAAGCAAAAGUGAAUUAUUGCGUCGUAAUUGACUCUUUGCGAAAACAUAAUGAUUGAGAUACAGUAAAAAGAAAAACGAUCUUCGCUUAAGCAACGAAAACUCGGUACUUGUGAAUACGUAUGAAGAAAAGAAGUUUUGUUUAAGAUAUUCUAUAUAAUAUAUUGUGUAUUUGGUAAUGAAACGGAAAAAAUAUACAUCAUGUGAUUUGUUACACAACA